AGGCCAUGUAGAAUCUCCCAAAAGAGUAGUAGAAUUUCUCAACAAUAAUAAAAUACUAGUAUGCGUACAGUUGAAGAAAAACGAAUUUGUUUCCUUUUCGGGAUGCGGGCAACAUGUGGACGAUCAGCCAGAAGUCUUCAGCGAAUUAUCACGAUAGCUUUAGUUUUGUCAGCCCACAGAAGUCUCUGCCCCGCUCAUGCGUCCAAGGGGCGUCUAAUGAAUAGCAUGAUGAGCUCAUCUCCUCGAGCCAACAGAGAGCCACCCUUGCAUUGCCUAUAUAAACGAUCACAGCUCAUACAGUCGUACUCCUACACGAUCACACGCACCAAGAACACAAUAAACUAGGAAGAUCAGCACAUAGAAUCAAUCGAUGGGGUUUAGUGAGGCACAGGAGGAGCUAGUCCUACGCUCAUGGAAGGCCAUGAAGCCGGACUCUGAAUCCAUCGCUCUCAAGUUCUUCCUCAGGAUCUUCGAGAUCGCGCCGGCGGCGAAGCCGAUGUUUCCGUUCCUGCGAGACGCCGGCGAUGACGCGCCGCUGGAGAGCCACCCGAAGCUCAAGGCCCACGCCGUGACCGUCUUCGUCAUGGCCUGCGAGUCGGCCACGCAGCUGCGGAAGACCGGCGACGUGAAGGUGAGGGAGGCCACGCUGAGGCGGCUCGGCGCCACCCACGUGAAGGCUGGUGUCGCCGAUGCGCACUUCGAGGUGGUGAAGACGGCGCUGCUUGACACCAUCGAGGGCGCGGUCCCGGACAUCUGGACACCCGAGAUGAAGGGCGCGUGGGAGGAGGCUUACGACCAGCUCGCCGCCGCCAUCAAGGAGGAGAUGAAGCUCGCUGCCUCAGCUUGAUGCGCCAUGCGUGCCUGCAAGGGGUACUCUGCCUCCACGACCGAUGUGUGUGUACUGGUAGUCUGAAAUACUGGAUUGUCCAUGGAUUGUGGGCUGUUAGGCUAAUUUGUCAGCCGUUGUUGUCGUUGAUGAAUACUGAAAAAGACUUCUGCAAAAUUAUGUUAAAUUGUCAUGAAUCA